AUGAUGAAGCAAUCCGCCCUCGCUACUCUCGCCGCCUACCUCGUCGGUCUGGCCGCCGCCGGAACCAAGGUUUGGGAUGGCAGCUUCGACACCCUGACCACUGCCGACCUCGCCGACUGGUCCUGGUCCAACCAGGAGGGCCCUUACCAGUGGUACAUUCACGGCACCGCCGAUACCUCCAAGUACCUCGACUUCAGUGCCGAUGCCGCCGGCCCGGGAGCCACCAAGGGCGCCAAGGUCACUCUCGACAGCACUGCCUACUGGAACGGCCAGAACAUGCGCCGGACCGAGCUGAUCCCCUCCGUCACCGACACCAGCUCCAUCACCUCGGGCACCCUGUACUAUCACUUCUCGAUGAAGCGCGAGGAGACCAACGCACCCUCGGUGAACCGCGAGCACCAGAUCGCCUUCUUCGAGUCGCACUUCACCGAGCUCAAGUACGGCUGGAUCUCGGGCGAGGCGGGCGAGUCGGACGACCAGCUCCGGUGGUACGCCAACUCGCAGAGCCAGUGGAACGUGACGCUCGAGGCCGGCGUGUGGCACAACUUUGCCUACGAGAUCGACUUCGACGCCAGCACCGUCGCCUUCUGGCACUCGACCGGCUCCGACGAGCUGACCAAGGCCGUCGAGGCCGUCAAGGCCAGCGUGAGCUCCAACGGCGCCGACUGGCACGUCGGUGUGCUCGAGCUCGCCCGCGACGGCUACGAGGACGCCACCGAGGACCUCUACUUCUCGGGGGUCUACAUUGAGAGCGGUGACCUGACCACCACCUUCUCCAGCGCCGGCUCCUCCGGCUCCGACUCCGGUGCCGCCGCCUCCUCCGCUGUGGCCUCUUCCGCUGUGGCCUCUUCUGCUGUGGCCAGCUCCAGCGUUCAGGCUGCUGCAUCUAGCUCUGCCCCCGCUAGCUCCGCCGAGGCCGUCGCUGCUUCUUCCUCCUCUUCCUCCUCCGCUGUCGCUGCCACUACCUCUGCUGCUGUGGUCCCCACCGCUGCCGCCCCAGCCACCACCGCUCUGGCUUCAAGCAAGACGUCUUGCGUCAAGAGGACCAAGACUGUCUACGUCACCCAGUCCGCUUAA